AUGUUCAGUGAGCAAGUCAAUGAAAAUAAUGGACCACCAAUGCUUGCAGUUAUACUUUUUCUGGUAUUAAAAUUUGUUAUACUUGCACCAAAGAAGCAGAGUAUCAUCGUGACAACAUUAUCAUCAUCAAUGGGAACGUCACCAUCACCACCACCAACAACUGCAACUACAACUCAGCAAUUAGGUUCAAUCAAUGUUGGCAGCAUGAAUCAAGCAAGACAAGGACACACAGGAACCUUAUUAACAAAUGGAAAAAUGCUAGUCACUCGUGGGGGCAAUUAUGUUGCUCUACAUAGUGCCGAAUUGUAUGAUCCAUCAACAGGAACUUGGACAACUACUGGUAGCAUGAAACAUCAACGACGUGGGCAACACACAGCGGUCUUAUUAACAAAUGGAAAAGUGUUAGUUACUGGGGGGCAUAACAUUGAGGGUGUUCUAAAUAGUACCGAAUUGUAUGAUCCAUCAAAAGGAACUUGGACAAGCACCAAUGAUAUGCAUAGUAAACGAAUGGAGCACACAGCAUCCUUAUUAACAAAUGGAAAAGUGUUAGUUACUGGCGGAGGAACUUUUAGUGGUUUUUUUAGGAGUGCCGAAUUGUAUGAUCCAUUAACAGGAACUUGGACAACUACUGGUAGCAUGAAUAUUCAACGAACGAAGCACACAGCAUCUGUAUUAACAAACGGAAAAGUGUUAGUUGCCGGUGGAGAGAAUACAAAUGAUUUCCUUAAUAGUGCUGAGUUGUAUGACCUAUCAACAGGAACUUGGAUAACUAACGGUAGCAUGAAUAAUCAACAAGAGGAGCACAUAGCAUCCGUAUUAACAAAUGGAAAAGUGUUAGGUACUGGUGAAUGGUCAAAUGUUAGUGUGGUUUGA